ACAGAAGUACAAGGGUUGGCUCACAACUAUGCCUCCCUCGAACUGCCUCCGAUGAUGAUCUCUGAACAACUUAGUUGUUCCUCCCAUGAGAUAAUUCAUGGGUUUACCGAGGAGGCACGUUCGUAUUUUUUACAUAUUGAAUCUAUUGGUCUUUAAUUGCUUCUGCUGUUCUAUAUAUUGUCCACACUCUACUUGAUUGGAUUCUCUUCCUGGUUGAUAGUUCUUUAGCUAAUACAUAUAUUUUCUCAGACCUGAUGAUUCUUUGACAAUGAUGAUGUUCUUAAUAGAUGCAUACAAGUUUUUUUCUUACUUGUUAAGAUGUUGAUGAUCAUAAUAGAUGCAUACCUAUUUACUUAAAAAUUAAUUUGUGUGAAAAUGAUAGAUUAAAUCUAAUAAAGGCCAUUUGAUUUUGGUGAUGUCGUUUGUUAAUAAUCAAAAUUCUCUGUAUUUAUUUGGUGGUUGUGAUAUUUUUUUGGUAGUAGUUUACUUUGAUUCGUAAACUUUACGAUAAAAUAUAGUAUUUAUUUUAUUUGCCAUCUAUUUAAUUUUAAGAUUAUUAGUGUCCAACUUUUGAGUGCCGCGUCAUUGUUUGAGAAGGACGCCAUUUUCGUUCAGGAUUUUCAAAAGAUUUCCAAUUACCUCCAAUAAAUUUGAAUUUUUUUCAAAACGCGGUUUAGAUCUUUUGAUUUUCCGAUUCUGUCCUUGUAAGUGGCCGCCAAAAUCUAUUAUUAUAAUCUACUAUAAAUAGCCGUUGUGUUCGUUAAAUCAAUUUUUCCCCAAAAAAUCUCUAGAUUUCCUCUUGAGAAAGCUAAUUCAUCCGUUCCAACUCUAGCUUGCUAAAGAAGUCAAAGGUUUGUUCAUCCGUUCCAACUGAUUUUUCCAUUCUCCGAAGGAACAUGGAUCCUUCUGUUCUCGGUGGCCGAUCACCAGGUGUAUCUCAACAGGCUCCCUUGUCUGUUCUUCGUGGCGGAUCUGCGACAAGUCCGAUCUAUAUUAGCAGUGGGGAGUCUGACUCGUCUGCAGAUGUAUCUCAACCAAAUCCUCUAGUUGGUGGUUCACAGCAAAAUCGUUACCGCCCUUUGUCGUAUGGUGUUGAUGGGGGUUUUUUCAAGUUAAGUCUCCAUUAUCCCCUAAGGCCCCUAAAAUGGUGGUUGUUCUUGGCGCUGACGAAGCUAUUCUCUACGAGGGGAAUUCAAAACGUACUGUCAUGCUUUCAAACAAGACCUGCACCAUCUCGUUUCCUGCUGUUGGUCAUGUGAACGUGCGACCUGGUGGAGAGAUUUGGUACCAACUUUGGUGGAGAGGUAUUAUUCCGUUUGCUGCUGCUGGAGGAUGUGCUAUUGAGGUUCCUGUUGGUGGUCUAUUCGGUUUUCGAUCGAGCUUUAAGGAGUUUGCUGAUCUUCGCUGGAGUGGCGACGACAGUUUUGUGUGGUGUGGAUAUGAGUUUGACGAUUAAGAUGAAGUGCACGUGUGAGUUGAAAUCCCUUGGUGUGGAUUUGAGGAUUAAGAGUCAACUUGUUAGUUGAAAUCCCAAUAUGUUCUUUUUUUUCACCAAAGCAACUUGCUUUUUAUGUCUUUGUUUACACUCUGAUGACGUUAUCGUAUUAUUGGGUGUUUCUGGAAUUAAGUUAGUAGCUUUAUAAUAUUACUUUCUCUA